AUUGAAUCUGACAAUGUUGGACGGCUAGAGUUAAGGGAAUUUAAUUUCGGGUUUCUUGAUUUUAUUUCAAGUCCGGCUAAAUGUGUCUGACAACGAUUCAUCUAACGCUAUGAGUUACGCCAGAUCCUCUUUGAUACAGUUUUAAAGGGAUGUGCUGGAUGCGAUAAAAUUCAUACAGUGGGGUUUGGAAUAAGGGAAUUCCAAGUUUUGGAGGUUUAUUUAAAUUUCAGCGAUGCCAGUGUUCCAUUGCCUGUUGGUACACUAACAGGAAAUUGAAGUAAACACCCGAGACUACCAUCGGACUACGAAACAGCUAUUAUUGGACUUAAUUUCACCAAAACAAAAGCAAGGAUUAUCAAUUUAGGCUAAGAAAAGCUAUCUUUCGGGUGAGUGAAAAAAAUAACGGAAUAGUUACUUCAAUGUCACAAAGUGGCUCUACUACAUUUACGUUGAAGAUUAUUGGUGGAAGCUAUAAUUACAUUAUAUACAGGGCACCUACCUCUCUGGUUUACCCCAGGGUCCACGCAGGCCGCUUCAUAUUCACAAAAAUCCAUAUUUCGAGGUCGAGGUGGCCAAGUUGGGAUAAACUAAUCUUAGAUAGUACAGGAUUUUAAGGAUUGAAGAUUAAAUUAGAAGAUAUGGCAGUAUAAUUAUUUCUGUA